AUGACCUACACAGCAGAAACCAGACCGGAUACAGCAAAAACAAAAAGAUUCUUGGAAACAGGCGAGAUGAAAAUCCUCCGCAAAAUCACAAGUAAAACGCUGCUAGAUAGAGAACGAAGCAACAACAUAAGAAAAACAUGCAAGGUGGAUAACAUUAAUGAAUGGGUAUUGAGCAGAAGUCGCGAAUGGAAUGAACACAUAAGCCGAAUGGACGAGGGAAGAAUAGUAAGGUCAGCUCGAGACAAAUCACCACUGGGAAGAAGAAAUACGGGAAGGCCAAGAAAAAGAUGGUGUGAUAACCUUACCAUCGAUUAG